UCCGAUUAUUAAUUAGAAAAAAUUGUAUCUAUAAUGAUAACGAUGUAUUUUUUUUGACGUUUAUACAAAUAAAACGUAAAAUUUUUUUGUUUUUGAUUUUUUUUGGCAAAAAGUAAAUUAGCUGUGAAACAUAUUAAUUAAUAAUGAAUCAAACACAGUUAUUGAAUAAAGACGAUGUUAAUUAUAUAAAAAACCUUAUUGGCAAAACUGUAAAUGUGACAACAGUAGAUGAUAAAUUAUACACGGGGUCUGUGUAUGUUAUUGAUCCUCAAACAAAAAUAAUUGUAUUAUUUAAUAAUAAAGGCAAUUUGUACGCAAUUUUACCCCAUGCAAUCAAGGAUGUCGAAGUUGCUUCUGUACAACAAACCUGCGAUAAUAUGUUGUCCCACGAUAACUAUCAAGAGGAUAAACAACAGCAAUCGUUUAUAAAAAAGUUAAAUGUAAAAAUGUGGUUGCAGAAAAAUUUAGUGCGUGUCAAAGAGAACGGUACGUUGUUAAAUGUUGAAGAUCAAGUUUUUAUCGAACCCCCCUAUGGUCCUGAACAAUGUUUAGGUAAAAAUGCAUCUUUACUUCGACGAGUAAAGGAGAUAAUGUCUAAAAUACCAUAUUAAUUGAUUAUCAAUUCAAGUAAAUAUCUUAUUUCUCGAUGACUUGUUAAGGAGUAUAAAAGAACCUUAACGUGAACGUUAUUAUAAUAUAUUUUCAU